UGUUUUUCUGUUGGAUGAUUUGCCUUUUUCGGAAUAUUUUGCAAGAGCUCUCCAUAUUUUGGUGGUGGGGGGUCACGGUAGGGAGGGGCUGUCUGGGCUGAGGGCAGGAAGUGGCUUCAGAGAUGCCCUGCCUUCCAUCAGAGUAAGGCUGGCUGUGAGCCUAGGCGGUGCAGUCAGACAUGGCAGGAAACCAACCCAAUACAGAACCGAGGUCUGCAAGGAUGAGGGACUUUGACCCCCUUAGAGAAAAAGCAAGAGUGACUCACAGGAGGAAGAGAAAACCAAAGUUCCCGGGCUGUCCCCCAUGAGCAUAGACAGUCCAAAGUCAUCAGAAGGAAGAGGGAAACAGAGCUGGCCAGGAGCUGCCACAACACCCAUGCAAAUGAGACCCGCCCACAGCUGCCUGGAAACCAGGCCCAAAAGAAGUGAGAGCACAGAGCACAUGCUGCAGGGCCACCUUGGGGACUGGACGAGGAGACUCUGAGAAGCAGGCCGCCCGUGUCUGACCUGAGGAUGGCGGAGCGGCAGGGCCAGGAGCCCGAGUGCCCUGUCUGCUGGAACCCCUUCAACAACACAUUUCACACGCCCAAGGUGCUGGACUGUUGUCACUCCUUCUGCGUGGAAUGCCUGGCCCACCUCAGCCUGGUGACUCCAGCCCGGCGCCGGUUGCUGUGCCCACUCUGUCGCCAGCCCACCGUGCUGGCCUCUGGGCAGCCCGUCACGGACUUGCCCACGGACACUGCCGUGCUCACCCUGCUUCGCCUGGAGCCCCACCACGUCAUCCUGGAAGGCCACCAGCUCUGUCUCAAGGACCAGCCCAAGAGCCGCUACUUCCUGCGCCAGCCCCGGGUCUAUACGCUGGACCUAGGCCCUGAGCCCGGGAGCCAAACUGGGCCCCCCCAGGACAUGGGCCCUGCCACCAGGUCUCUGCCCGUUCCCAUCCCCAGCCACUACUCUCCGAGGGAGUGUUUCCGCAACCCUCAGUUCCGGAUCUUUGCUUACCUGAUGGCUGUUAUCCUCAGUGUUACUCUGUUGCUCAUCUUCUCCAUCUUUUGGACCAAGCAAUUCCUUUGGGGUGUGGGGUGA